GUCAAAAGUGAAUCAUCAAAUUACUCAUACAUGGAUGAUAAAGAUGAUAAUGACUUUGACAUUGGCCAUGUGAGUCACAUUCCUGUGUCAGUGAAGUGGAGCAAGAAUCGACUGACACAGAUACCAGGAAUGCAGACCUCCUUGAUUCAGAUGAUGAAGAAAACACCAGUUACUCUGUGCAAAAAACUUGGUGAAGAAGGAUUUUUUCCGACUUCCUGAUCCAUUUGCUAAGGUAGUGGUUGAUGGAUCUGGACAAUGCCAUUCUACAGAUACUGUGAAGAAUACACUCGAUCCAAAAUGGAAUCAACAUUAUGACCUGCAGUGAAGUGAAAUCUGCAAGAGUCCUGUUCUCUCAAGGCCUGCAUGCAGGAAAGAAGCAGGGGAAAAGCGUUACAAACAGCUUUUGUUCUACAGCAUUAAAAAAUAUAACAGGUAUAUUGGAAAGUCUGAUUCAGUUACAAUCAGUGUAUGGAAUCACAAGAAGAUCCAUAAAAAACAAGGUGCUGGAUUUCUUGGUUGUGUUCGUCUUCUUUCCAAUGCCAUCAACCGCCUCAAAGACACUGGUUAGGUUGGAUCUAUGCAAACUUGGGCCAAAUGACAAUGAUACAGUUAGAGGACAGAUAGUAGUAAGUCUUCAGUCCAGAGACCGAAUAGGCACAGGAGGACAAGUUGUGGACUGCAGUCGUUUGUUUGAUAAUGAUUUACCAGACGGCUGGGAAGAAAGGAGAACUGCCUCUGGACGAAUCCAAUAUCUAAACCACAUAACAAGAACUACACAAUGGGAACGCCCAACAAGACCGGCAUCUGAAUAUUCUAGUCCUGGCAGACCUCUUAGCUGCUUUGUUGAUGAGAACACUCCAAUUAGUGGAACAAAUGGUGCAACAUGUGGACAGUCUUCAGAUCCCAGGCUGGCAGAGAGGAGAGUCAGGUCACAGCGACAUAGAAAUUACAUGAGCAGGACACAUUUACAUACUCCUCCAGACCUACCAGAAGGCUAUGAACAGAGGACAACGCAGCAAGGUCAGGUGUAUUUCUUACACACUCAGACUGGUGUGAGCACAUGGCAUGAUCCGAGAGUACCUAGGGAUCUUAGCAACAUCAAUUGUGAAGAGCUUGGUCCUUUGCCUCCUGGAUGGGAGAUCCGCAAUACAGCAACAGGCAGAGUUUAUUUCGUUGACCAUAACAACAGAACAACACAAUUUACAGAUCCUCGGCUCUCUGCUAACUUGCAUUUAGUUUUAAAUCGGCAGAACCAGUUGAAAGACCAACAGCAACAGCAAGUGGUGUCAUUAUGCCCGGAUGAUACAGAGUGCCUGACAGUACCAAGAUACAAGCGAGACCUGGUUCAGAAACUAAAAAUCUUGCGCCAAGAACUUUCCCAGCAACAGCCUCAGGCUGGCCACUGCCGCAUUGAGGUUUCCAGGGAAGAGAUUUUUGAGGAGUCAUAUCGACAGGUCAUGAAAAUGAGACCAAAAGAUCUCUGGAAGCGAUUAAUGAUAAAAUUUCGUGGAGAAGAAGGCCUUGAUUAUGGAGGGGUUGCUAGGGAGUGGUUGUAUCUCUUGUCACAUGAGAUGUUGAAUCCAUACUAUGGCCUGUUCCAGUACUCAAGAGAUGAUAUCUACACAUUACAGAUCAAUCCUGAUUCUGCUGUUAAUCCAGAACAUUUGUCGUAUUUCCACUUUGUUGGACGAAUAAUGGGAAUGGCUGUGUUUCAUGGACAUUACAUUGAUGGUGGUUUUACACUGCCUUUUUAUAAACAGUUGCUUGGAAAGUCAAUUACUUUGGAUGACAUGGAGUUAGUUGAUCCAGACCUUCAUAAUAGUUUGGUGUGGAUACUUGAGAAUGAUAUUACAGGUGUUUUGGACCAUACCUUCUGUGUUGAACAUAAUGCAUAUGGUGAAAUUAUCCAGCAUGAACUUAAACCAAAUGGCAAAAGUAUCCCUGUUACUGAAGAAAAUAAAAAAGAGUAUGUCAGAUUGUAUGUGAACUGGAGAUUUUUACGAGGCAUUGAGGCUCAAUUCCUGGCUCUGCAGAAAGGAUUUAAUGAAGUAAUUCCACAGCAUCUGCUGAAGACAUUUGAUGAGAAGGAGUUAGAGCUCAUUAUUUGUGGACUUGGAAAGAUAGAUGUCAAUGAUUGGAAAGUAAACACCCGGUUAAAGCACUGUACACCAGACAGCAAUAUUGUCAAGUGGUUCUGGAAAGCUGUGGAGUUUUUUGAUGAAGAGCGGCGAGCGCGAUUGCUACAGUUUGUAACAGGAUCAUCUAGAGUGCCUCUGCAGGGCUUCAAAGCACUACAAGGUGCUGCAGGCCCACGGCUCUUCACCAUACACCAGAUCGACGCCUGCACUAACAAUCUGCCCAAAGCCCACACGUGCUUCAAUCGAAUAGACAUUCCGCCCUAUGAAAGCUAUGAAAAGCUCUAUGAAAAGCUGCUAACAGCCAUUGAAGAAACAUGUGGAUUUGCUGUGGAAUGAUGAAUUUCAAGGACUUACCCAGGACUCUAUUUAUACCCCUGACCGACAGCCUCCCUUCAGCAGUUUCAGAGAAUGCUGAAAUACAGGAAAACACCCUCUCUCCCUCCUUUUUUAAAGUUUAAGGACACUGUGAGGGGAAAGGACAAUUUUGAAAUUCCUUUUCAAGGAAAAAAGGUCUUUAUGCUAUGCCAUGAGGACACAUUCAGCUGCUAUUUAAAAUUAAUAUCUUGAACCUAAAGAAUGCUGACUUUUCUUGCAUCUCCACAGUUAGGCAGUAUUCUACACUUAAAGACUACUACUAUUUUUAUAAAAGGUAAUCUAUUCAAAUCGCUUCACAGAUUUCAAGUCUUUCACACAUCAAGACAACUUCAGCAGUCGGUACAAGUCACAUUUCAUUUUGAUUGAGUACAUGAUUUUGAACAGCUCCUGUACUUGCUCUUUGUAAAAAAGAAUAAAGUUAUUUUGAAUUAUUCUAACUUUAUAAACAGUUGGCUAAAACAAUCAUUAUCUUUACAAGAUUAAGCCAUUUACAUGUUUGUUUUUUCUAUAGCAGAGCAUUUGUAUUUUGCAGUAUGUGUUUCAACUUCACCUAAGUGGGUUGUUUUUAUAUUUUUUCAACCACAAAUUUCCUGGAAAUACAGCUGUAUUAUUUUGGUUAUGAACUUCCUAAUGCAACCAUUUAGUCUAAACUUAGUAGUUUGCUACCAUAAGAUGUCUUCAAGGGUUCCUUGUUUUUAAGAUGACUUUUUAAAAAACAAUGUUUUUAUCUUGAAUCAAUAUGAUCAGGUAUUUUGGAUUUACUUUUUAUCUUAAAUGGAAAUACUGCAUUUUUAUAGCUUCUCAGAGCAUGUGGAUGGGGUGGGGUUUUCAUUCUUUUGCUGGGUCAGCUUGUCUUUCCUAUAUAUACUAUUCCUGUAAACCAAAGUCUCUACUAAGUGCACCUAAUUUAUAUUUUAAUUACAUUCAGUUUCUAUCAAGUAAACCAUGCUGAAGCUUUGUUUAGUUGCUCAUAAUUUUAAUCAGCUAAAAUUAUGAAAAAAGAAAAUUUUGCUCUGAAGAUUAUUUAGCAAGCUUAGAAAACCCUGCUCUUAUCUCACAAGAUGAACUGAAACUGGUACUGGGGGUGGGUGGGUAGGGAAUGAGAUUACUAAAGAAAGAGUGAUUCUAAUUCCAUGAUACAAAUCACUUUAAAGUGGAAGAAUUAACUUUGAAAGUAAGGGAAUCCCAGUUCCCUCAGUGCUGAAGAUCUGCACCUGAUUUCCAAAUGUCCAGAUUGAGCUUUCAAGGUGAGUGGCGUGUUGCACACCCGACAAAUCAACCAAAACUCUGUGAGAGAUUGGAAGAAAUCACCGUGGACUUUUAAGUUCAACCAUCAAAAAAGGAAUGUACUAUUCAUUUUUUAAAUAUUCAUGUGAAAUAAGAAUAGCAAAUUUUGAUGAUAGACUUUAAAUUUCACAAGUUAAUUAUCAAGUGAAUAGUCUUUUGUGUUGUUUCAAGUGAUGAAGUGUGUUUGUCUGUAUUCUUGAAGCCAAAGUGUUCCUCAGAGGAGCCUGAGGAUUGAGUAGUGGUUUAAGAGAGGAGGGACAAAAAAAGAGGGAAGGACAGUCUGGUUGGUAUUGAAGCAGGAGCCUCUGCUAUCCCCAUCCCGCUUGACCCAGAGCAGCUCCAAUUUUUUUUCUCUUUAUUGGAAUUCUAAGUAAGCUUUCAUGGGGUUGGGUAGUAGGGUGGGGUGCCGAGGAACAGCUAGAAUAAAUGGAGACUGCUGCUUUAAAAAAAAAAUGUUGAGAACUACUUUUGUAGUUUCCAAGUAUUUUAAUAUCACUCAUUUGGCCAAAUUUGACUGCUACAAGUAAACUAGUCAGUCAUAACUGUGCUGUGGUCAUGUGUUUAUACCGACCUUUUCUUCCCACUUUUUCCUGCUGCAUUCUUAGUGAUACUGAAGAACAUCGUGAUGUGUACAGAAAUGGUUUCUAUGCUAUUUGAUUAUCAGUCAAUUUUAGCUUUUUUGGGGGGUACUGGGGAUCCAACUUGGGUCCUUGCGCUUGCGCAGCAGGCAAUGAAACCACUGAGCUAAAUCCCCAGCCCAAAUUUUAGCUUUUUGAUAGUACCUUAUUAGUUGCAGAUCCAUCUUUUUUAUAUUAAAGCACUAAUGCAGUUUGUAAUUGUGCCUACUCUUAAAAUCUUCAGUAAAAAGUACAAGAUAAACACUUUAGAGAAAUGAUAACAGGGAUGCAGUAAUAAUAAAAUGCUAUUAGUUGUUUUUAUGUACAAUAUAAAGCAGGCAAAUACCAUCACUUUUUGAGUGCCUUUUACCAUUAUAGUAAUGACUUAAUGGAGCUUUAAAAGCAAGAAAUCAUCCUGCAUAACUGUGUACGUAUGGUAUCACCAACAUGAUGUACCAAAAUGGUUUAGAUUUCACAUGACUUAGAUUUCAAUUUCAAAAUUACAUUAUCCGAUUACUUCUAAAUAGGUGCUAAGCAAACAAAACUCCCGUGUCACUCAACCAUGGAUUUGCACCUCGUGUUUAAUGUGAAUAUUUAUUUCCACAUGUCCCUCUCAACUGGGUUUUUUUCUUACCUUUCCCCUAGUUAUUUCAGAUAUGUGAUGUCAUCUUCCCAUACUGUCGCCUUUCCAUCAUGAAUGCUUAAUUAAGAGCUUGAUUCCUUUGUAGAGCUCAUAGGCAGUACAGAAGUGAGUUUCAGAGGGCCUUACUUCUUGGUGUAGUGUCUUUAAAUAGUACCUGUGUAUAGUGUACAUUUUGUUUUGCACAUAGUUUGUUGCCCUGAAUGGAUUUAUUUUUUUAAAUCUUUUUUUCUUUAUUACAUUUACAGUCCAGAGCACAAGUUUCUUUUAUUUUAAAUGCAAUAUAAUUUGCUUUAUUUUACAACACUAAAUUUGCUUUCAACUUCUGGUUCAUUGGACUGUCUGCGCUGGUGAGUUAGAUGCUUCCGGCCACCUUCACAGUUUGGUAGAGCAGCUCUUUCUGCUUCUGUCUUUAAGCUGUAGCUUACAGCCAACAGGUACCAUUUGUGGUAUUCAGCAUUCUUAUGCUAGGAUGGUGAUUGUACCAAAUGCUGAGUUGUUUUAUUUCUAGAUGUAAUUAGUUCACUUUAUGUAAUAUUCUUCCUUCUCUCAAACUGACUUUAAAAACAAAGUUUUAUCAUUUUCAUUGUAUUUGUAUUUAUUACAGAGUGUUUUAGCUUUGAUGUUCUUUGUAUUUUCACUAAGUUGUUACAUGAGCUUUAUCAAUAACAUCUGUAUAAAUGGUUUUUAAGAAUUAACUAUGUAUGUGCCCAUGCCGAAGUUGAGCAAUAAAAUGAAUGCUGUUUGCACUGUCACAGCAUCAAAGUUUUUAAAGAA